GCUGAUUUCUGUUCCAGGUUCGGCCGCUUAUGUAAGGCCGUCAACGACAUGGUAUCGGACAGUAAUGCUACUAGUCCUGCACCUGAGCGUCAUCUUUCUUUCUCUUCCCUCGCUUUAGAGUAUCAUCAUGGUUGGCGUGUUUUUGUUCGAUUUUUAAGAACCAGAUUGGUACUCCGUGGCUCUACUAUGUAAAAGAGACAAGUCCUCAGAUAACGUCGACAGGCGAGGCGACGACGCAUUAUGCCUAGCCUUUUUUUCUCUCUUUUUCUGGUGAGCCCUAGUAGUAGGAAGCAUGACCUUGUUCCUGAUCAUUGCUAUGAGGGUGAAGGGUGCAGUUGCCAGGGAAAUGAUCUGGGAAGAGUUUGGUUAGCCCAUCUGGAUGUGUCAGACAACCCGGCUACGGAAGAUGUUCCAGCCUUUGAUGCAAAAAAAAAGACAAUCGCCAAAAACUCGCUUCCAGUGUAUUGUCCCGGCUUGUUGCCUCGGAUAACAGGAAGGCUUCCGGCCGGGUAG